CAACGCAUGAUGUGUGGCCCGACAAUCGGGCGGGAAAGAUGUAUAAAGAUCGAGCUUUUGGAGUUGGCGGACUCGACUCUGUGGAAAAAAGCUACCCAUUAUUUCUUUCGCAAGUACAUCAAAUCAAAUCACAAAGACAACAACCAAACCAAACGUCGUAGAACCAACUAUGGCAACGCUCGAAUCAGCGACAAAGACUGGAUCGUCCACAGACGUGACACGUUCUCCCACGUGCUACCGGUCUCCCUCCAUUGGCGAGGGGCAACUGCCGCCGAAUCCAUCCGACCUUAUCCUUACCCGUUGCGCAGGUUGGCUUUCCCUUAUACGGCUUCUCAUCUUGCAAUUCGAAGACCAAGCUGCCCUCGAGAAGAACCUCAGCGUAUCGCAACAGAAAACUCUUCGUCACUGGACAUCCAACCCUUCCCGUGAGCGAGAUGCGGCGUUCGGUAACAGCCCGGGCAUCGGGGAGUUGAUGAAAUGUUCUAGAGAAACGUGUUCGCAACUUUCGGCAGAACACGACUCAGUCCACAAGGUGUUGCAUUCACAGACGUUGCCCGCUUUGAAGUCGUUGGAUAAGGAAGUACACAGGAAAAUGACUGAACUGAUGGAAGAGGAGCGUCACAGAAAGAAGGACAAGGAGAAGGAUGAGCUGAAACUCAAGCAACUUUUGAAAACUUUGCAACGGACAUUGUCCGCUGGUCAGGGGGUGGUGAAAAUGUCGCCAUGGGAUGCAGGCGAUCCUUGGUUGGCCAAUUGGGCUGUGAAACGGCAUCUCUAUUACGCUUCUCACAAGUACCGUUCCCGCUCGGACAAUAUUGCCGAAAUCGAACGUACAUUUGGAGUCUGGGAGAAGAACCUGAUCAAAAACCUCAAAUCUGCUUUACUGGCUUACACGUCUCUGGAUUCCGUUGCGGCGGCGUCUCAUGGUGCAACAACAUCUCUCCAGAACGCUGUCAAUGCGCUGGACCCAGACCGUGAAUGGGAGGCCUACCGAAACAGGAAUCUGCAGGACGCAGCCUCUCCGUUCGCGUUUGCAGAGGAUUAUCCGGGCGGAAAUGAUCCCCUCGUUCAACUGCUUAAAGAAGGCCCAAUGCUGAGGAAAAGCAAAGUGAUGAAGAAAUGGAAGGAAAAGUGGUACUGCGUGAGUGCGAGUGGUUGGUUACAUGAAUUUCCCGAAAGGCCACGACUGGACGGCGAAGAGGACAUUAAACCCAAACGGCACAUUUGGCUUCGCAGCUGCGAACUAGGUCCGCUUGGCAUGGGCGCCGGGGGUGUCACGGCUGAAGAGUUCCACUUGACUGAAAUCAGAGAGAAUCACGGCCUUUUCACAAAUAAGCGAAAGGUGUACAAGUUUUCAACCAACAGCAUGUCAGAGUCAGAAUCGUGGUGGAAUGCCAUGGCCCAAUUUGUUCCCUAUAAGACGCUGGCAGCUGCGGGCACGAUGAACAGCACCGCUUCUAUAGCUUCAACCGCGUCAUCGUUAACGAGGUCAAACCAAAAUCAUCUGAUGGCGGAGGAGAUGAAAGAUGCGCAUCGGGACCAGCCAAUUGUCGGACAACCAGUUGCUCCGUCAAAACUUCCGGAACCUGUCCCGUUACCUCCUGCUGCUGAACCCGGACCUUCUGGAGUAACAGCACCAGUUCGAGCGGCGCAACCCGCUCCCACUCAUGCGGCUCCCACUCAAGCAGCUCCCACCCAAGCCGCUCCCACUCAUGCGGCUGCCACUCAUGCGGCUCCCGCUCAAGCAGCUCCCACUCAAGCCGCUCCCACCCAAGCAGCUCCCACCCAAGCAGCUCCCACUCAUGCGGCUCCCACUCAUGCGGCUCCCACUCAUGCGGCUCCCACUCAAGCGGCUCCCACCCAAGCAGCUCCCACUCAUGCGGCUCCCACUCAUGCGGCUCCCACUCAUGCGGCUCCCACUCAAGCGGCUCCCGCUCAGUCAACACCAACUCAAGCCGCUCCCACUCAGUCAACACCCGUUCAAGCACAAGGCCCCUCCAACCAAGCGACGGCGCAACCCGUCCAGCCAGUGGUUACAAGUCUAGGAACGGUCGAGAAUAUCUGAUCAUUUUCUGCAUAUCCCACAUAUAGUUUUGUUGAAAAGCCUGCACCCUGUAUGAAAUAUGGCUUCCUUGUAUCUAUUUCUUCCGUGAUCAUGGAGGCUUUCUGUAGUUUUUGUAUAUGUACACAGUUAAGAGUCAAAUAUAUACGAUGUCGACUUUGAAACAGG